UAUUACAAAAUAUUCCUUGUCAAGUUGCAAUUUGCACGCGUUUGGGCAUUGGGUCAAGUAGUAUAAAAUCUGAAAUUUUGCCGCAGCCUCUUCCUUUCUUCUUUGGUUAGAGAUACGACCAAAUCUUUCUCUCUUUUCCUAGAUGCUUAGAAGAAGGAAAUCUCUUCUUCUUGAUUGAUCGAUUCAUUUCGUCAUCAACAAGAAGAAGAAAAGCUAAAAAAAGGAGAGGAGAGAAAGAAAGUUUCUGCCCCAGGGAUAGAAAACGAGAGCAUAUAUAUCACCAUGGACUUGACUUCGACAACGACGACAUCAGCCACCGCUGCAGUUGUCAACGACAAAGAGUCAGUCGUUGAUCCUUUCCUGGUUGAGGCUCUUCAAAAUCCCCGUCAUCGUCUCACCAUUCUGCGGAUGGAACUUGAUAUCCAGAGGUUUUUGCAAAAUUCUGACCAGAAGCAAUUUGAAUUCCAACAUUUUCCCACUUCCUACCUUCGGCUUGCAGCACAUCGUGUUGCUCAACACUAUGGGCUGAUAACUAUGGUUCAUGAUAAUGGUUUGGAUGGCCUGGGAAGCAGAAUCGUGGUGAAGAAAGUGGGUGAAAUCAGAUGGCCUGCUGUCCGUUUGUCUGAAAUUCCAGAUAAACACUCAGAAAAUGAUAAAACUGAGCAGAUUAAAAUUGCUAUCAGGCCCCGGCCACAUAAUGGAUCUGUAAAUGAAGCUAAUCAAACUGGUAUCAAAAGAAGUCCUAUGAGAAGUGUGGAAGAGAGGAAGGAAGAGUAUGACAGGGCACGAGCACGUAUUUUCAGUAGCCCUAACAGUCCUGAUUCUGAUGAUUCUUCACCUCAGAUAUCUAUUGAUGGCAAAAAUGAAUCUCUUAUCAGAGAUGAAAGUGAAAAUUACAGGAGCUUGAUGGUUGAGCUAGAGAAAAAUAUUACGAUCCGGGAUGGCACAUCUCGAGUAGCCAUUUUCAGAGACAGAGAGAAGGAUCGCACUGAUCCAGAUUAUGACCGGAGUUAUCAAAGGUAUGUUAGAAGCAUUCCGAGCAACCAGAGCUUUGGUUUGGCUCCUUACAAUAUGCAGAAGAUUCAGCUUCCAUUCAUGCAGUAUGAUUCUGCUUUUCCUCAGUUAGGUCAGAUUGCAAGUACUCAAGCUUCCCUCUGUUAUGGUGUUCCUGCAAGGCCAGCACUGGGGCCUUUUUGUGACCUGGGAUUGAAUCCAACUUCUAGCAAUGGUGCUUAUAUGCAGUGGCCAAGUGCUACAAUGAUGUAUUCUCAUUCGCAUGAUCAGUUUAGAAAUGAUGUAUUUCAGGCUCCAUUUUGUCAUCAACCUCUGAGCUUCGAUUACACGCAGAAUGGUUAACGGUACUGCCACUUAACUGAGUUGCAUCAUGCAAAUUUCUCUAUCUGUUAGGGUUUAGUAUUGCUGAAUUGGUAGGUUCAUUGUUUAAAGACACUCUUAGACCAAAUAUUCAUGUUCAUCUAGCUUCCUUGUUUGUUUUGUAUUUUUUUAUGGAUUAUGAUUGUAGUUAAGGAAUGUAACAAUGAUGCUUUUACACUGUUUGAAAACCUUGUUAUUUUGGUU